CCCCAACCGGCGAGCUCGCAGCCCGCGGCCGCCAUGAGCACGAGCACAGCUGCCCUCCUGCUGUGUGCCUGGCUGUGGGCCCCGGGCGGCGGGGGAGCCUGGCCCACGCACACGGCCUGCAGCGGUGGGGACCUGCAGAUAUUCUACCAGAGCUGCGAUCCAUUACAAGAUUUUGGCUUUUCGGCGGACCAGUGCUCCAGACAACUGGCAUCCAGUCCCAAAAUUCGAUUCGGACUCAUUCUGAGACAGGACAUCCGGGAGCUGUUUCUGGAGCUGGCGCUCUUCUCCAAGGCGUCCGUGUUCAACUUCUCCUACCCCAUCUGUGAGGACGACCAGCCCAAGUUUUCCUUCUGUGGGCGGAGGAAGGGGGAGCAGAUCUACUAUGCCGGGCCUGUCGUGCUCCCCAAGAUCCAGGUCCCCCGGGGGGAAUACCAAGUGCUGCUGCAGCUGUCCAACGAGAACCGUGUCCCCGUGGCCUGCGCCAACGCCACCGUCCUUGCCACCUGAGCCGGCCCCCGGGGCCCAGUGCCUUCCACACCAGGCCCUGGCGAGGGCCGAGAUGGCCCGGCUCCGCCUGCUGGAAUUGUCCCAGGACCUGGAGCUGCGGGGCGAGUCCCCGCCCUGCAGAUGAGUCCCUGAAGACUCGCUCCGGGAG